UAAAAUGGGGAGAAGGCCAUCAACGUACAAAAGAUCGCGGAGAUACGAAGUUGGUAUUUUAUAGGGAAAUGGUUAUGAACGGAGGAAGCUGAAUAUAUAACACUCUCCCUCUCUCUGUCUCUCGUUUUCUACAGUAACAAAACAGUAAUUUGCUGUCUCUUCUUCUCACGUAUUAAGUUAUUAUCAGCUGCAUUUCCACCAUUAGCAACAAUACUUAAAGAGUUUCUGGCUAUGAAGAUUAUCAUUAGAUCACCAGUUGAGCUUUUGUGAGGGAUUUGAUAUAAGAGAAUUGCUGCUGUUAUUAGCUUUGUUAUACAUCAAAUAUAAAUGACAAAAGAGUUCAUCGGAUUCUCUGAUUUUCCGGUAAGUCUAUCGAUUUCCCGGCUUUCUUUGGUUGUUGGUAUUGUCGACACCCGAUCUUCACCGUCACCAGAAUUCGUUGGAAUCAUCAUUGAUACACGUUCUUCGCCAUCACCGGAGCUCAUUGGCAUUGCCCUCCCUCAAUACUUUCUUUCAGACCGCAUUCCGUAAUCUGUUGAGAAGAAACUGUCAAUGGCUGCUAGGGAUAUGCAAACCUCAACCAAAGAGGUUGUGCUUAAGGUGGCAGAAGAAAGUAUUACUUCUCCAGAUGAUGAAUCUGUGAAUAUAAACAGCAACGAAAAUGGACAGAGAAAAAGAAACAGGUCCUUCAUUUGGAAGAAUUCAGGGGGUUGGAAAGCUGCAACCAUCUUGCUAGCUAAUCAAGGCUUGGCUACACUAGCAUUCUUUGGAGUUGGGGUGAACUUGGUUCUGUUCUUAACUAGAGUUCUUGGUCAAGAAAAUGCUGCGGCUGCUAAUAAUGUCAGCAAGUGGACUGGCACAGUUUACAUGUGCUCGCUUAUUGGAGCUUUCCUUAGUGAUUCUUAUUGGGGCCGAUACUUGACCUGUGCACUCUUUCAGUUGGUAUUCGCAUUGGGAUUGGGGCUCUUAUCGCUUUGUUCUUGGUUUUUCUUGAUAAAACCAAGUGGGUGUGGUGAUGGAAAACUAGAUUGCGAGCCAGCAUCAACCGUUGGUGUAGCCAUUUUUUAUUUAUCUAUAUAUUUAGUAGCGUUUGGUUAUGGUGGAUACCAACCCUCUAUAGCUACAUUUGGAGCAGACCAAUUUGAUGAGGAAAAACCUAAAGAAAAGAAAUCAAAAGCAGCUUUCUUCUGUUACUUCUACUUUGCACUCAACUUUGGAUCUUUAUUCUCAAACACCAUUUUGGUUUACUAUGAAAAUUCCGGUAAAUGGACAUUUGGGUUUUUUGCAUCAUUAGGCUCCGCAAUCAUAGGCUUAGUAUCAUUUUUUUUGGGGACUCCUGGGUACCGGUACAUAAAACCUUGUGGUAACCCUUUGCCAAGAGUUGCUCAGGUUUUUGUGGCUGCGGCUAGGAAAUGGGGUGUUGUCCCUUCUAAUGCUAAUCAGUUGUAUGAAGUAGAAGGACCAGAAUCCGCAAUCAAAGGGAGCAGAAAGAUUCUUCAUAGCAGUGAGUUCGAGUUCUUGGACAAGGCAGCAACAAUUACAGAAGACGAUAUGAUGCACCAAAAUGAUCCAUGGAGAAUUUGCACAGUAACUCAAGUUGAGGAAGCCAAAUGUGUUCUUAAACUAAUACCUAUUUGGCUAUGCACUAUAAUCUACUCGGUCGUCUUCACACAAAUGGCUUCUCUCUUUGUAGAACAAGGAGAUGUAAUGAACUCUAAGAUCGGAAAUUUUCAACUCCCAGCUGCUAGCAUGUCUGCAUUUGAUAUUUGCAGUGUUCUUAUCUGCACUGGAAUUUAUAGAAAAAUCCUAGUGCCAUUAGCCGGAAAAUUGAGUGGUAAUCCUAAAGGCUUAACUGAACUUCAAAGAAUGGGUAUAGGACUAAUUAUUGGAAUGCUUGCAAUGUUUGCAGCUGGUGUUACUGAAAUUGAGAGGCUAAAACACGUUAUUCCUGGCCAAAAAGUAAGUUCUUUAAGCAUAUUUUGGCAAAUUCCACAGUAUGUUCUGGUGGGUGCAUCAGAAGUUUUCAUGUAUGUAGGUCAACUUGAGUUCUUUAAUGGGCAAGCACCAGAUGGUAUAAAAAGCUUCGGUAGCUCACUUUGCAUGGCUUCUAUAUCUCUUGGAAACUAUGUUAGUAGUUUGCUUGUUAAUGUCGUAAUGGGGAUUACAGCUAGAGGUGAGAAGCCUGGUUGGAUACCAGAUGACUUGAACACAGGCCAUUUGGACAGAUUCUACUUCUUAAUUGCUGUGCUUACUGCUUUAGAUUUCGUUCUCUACUUGUUCAGUGCUAACUGGUACAAGACCAUCAGCCUACAAGAAAGUGACAAGCAAGAGGAUGAAAAUGAGCUGUGAAUUGUUUGAUGCAAAAAUGGGGGAGAAAGUAUAGUUGAAGACAAACUACUCCUGUGCAAUUUUAGCAUUUGGUUUAGUUUUUAACUUCUAGCCCUUUCUUUUCCUUUUUUUUUUUUUUUUUCAAUUCUUCCUUGGUCUGUACUUUUCAUUUUUGAAUAAUUUGUUUAGGAUAAUGUAUCUAUAUAUCUAUUUCUGCAAGAAGGAAGCAUGACCUUUCAACUGUUGGUUAGGGAUGAUUGCUUUCACUAGAUAUGAUUAUGUGGUUAAGGUUUGGUCAAUUAUAUUUGCUUUUAAAGCUUGAUAUAAAGCUCUAAUGUUUGUAAGGUUUGAUCA